AAUAGGUACCUAUAACUUAUAUUUGAACUGCUAUAUGAGGUUAUAAACAACACAUUCUAUACACGAUGCAGCCCCAAUCGAGGCUAAUUAGGUGGAUGGAGAUAUUCAUGCGGAGUAAACAGUGCACUAUCCUCGGGAGAAGAGAGCUCCUCGUAUUAUCAACACCUUUCUUUCUAUCCAUCAAUCCUUUCUUUCCCCUUUCGAUUCAUCUCUCCGCUGCAUCUUCAUUUGCCCACGUAACCUGCCGUUUCUGGCACUCGUCAGCUUCCCAACGUCGUUUGCAACAUUGUCCCACACCAUCUGUCGCCCCCUCCACACCCCCCCAACCCAAUUCUUCCUAAGCGCGGACCUUGCGGGUCCCCCGGAUCGUGCUUGCAACCUGUUGUCAAUUUUAGUCCUGGCAUUCCUCACAUAGGGCGCCACCCCACCCCUCAUGGCCCCGAGAGAGGAUAUGCUGCCCCC